ACAAAGUUGUUACCCAGGCAACAGAGCGACGCAGAGCUCUCCGCUUUAUUUUCGGAGCCAAGAGAGGCAUCCCAAAAGUGACACAGAAUAUGGAAUCUGAAAAUGCAGAAAGUGAAAAUAUGGAAACAGAAAAUAUGGAAUUUGAAAAUAUGGAAAUUGAAACAAUUUCUUCGGUUUCGGCAUUACAGGCUCUCUCUAAGCUACUUUAUCCUGAAGAGGAUGACUUUGAAUCCGGACAGUCAAAUAGUUCAUCAACAAUGGGAGCCAUGGGACCUGGAAAUAUUGGACCACCAAAAAGAGAAGAGCUUAAAGUCAUCCCUCAAACUAGUAGUGAAAAUUGUGAGGAAAUCUGGAAUCCAGAGGAAGUUUCAGAAGGAGCAGAGCAUCACGAUACGUGGGAUGUUAGAGACACACCAGAAUAUGAAAUUGUAUUCAAACAGCAGGUGGGAACAGAAGAUAUGUUCCUAGGAUUGACCAGAAAGGAUGCGUCAACUGCAUGUUGCAAGGAUCUAGUGGUGAAAAUUAAACUGCCAAACACCAACCCUUCUGAUAUUAAAAUCGACAUUCAGGAGACGAUCUUUGACCUCCGUACUACUAAUAAGAAGCUGCUGGUAACCCUUCCCCAUCCUGUGGACUGCAGCAGUGCCAAAGCCUUCUAUAUCCUCGAUACUGAGACUCUCGAAGUCACCAUGACUAUGAAACGAGAGUUGGAUUUCAUUAAUUUCUUCUGA